AUGAGCGACGAAAAGCAAGCCAACUAUUCUCCAGAAUUCAGAUUUCCUAUUUUCACCAUCAGGAAAGACGUGCCCUUUUCCCCAAUUGACACUCCUGCUGUCACCUUGAACUCUGCACUUCUUUCAGGUGUUAUUUCUUUGAUAACUGCUACAACUCAAAACACAUUGGACUCCACCACCUAUUCUCCCUUAUCGACUUUUACCAAGCAUGGGAAAACAAUUAUUUUCUUAACAACUGCUGGAACCGCUUUCACUCUUGGCCAUGCAGUUUCCAAUAACUUGAGAGGCAAAAACGAUGCUUUUAACGAUUUCAAUGGUGGUGCAUUAUCCGGUGCAUUGGUUGGUUGUUUGGUCAAAUCUAUUCCAAAAACUUUUGGAUACGCCAUAGGUUUCGGUUUGGCUGCCGGUGUUACAAGCUGGGCUGGUGGAUUCCAAGGUUUGGGUUCAGAUUCCUUGUUCAGCCAUGAAACUAGAAAAAUACUUGAUUCCAUAAAUGGUGUUGAAAAUAACCAAUCCUCGAUUUAUGAUGUUGUAACAAGAAGACCAUUGUCUUUGACUCUUGAACAAUUGGGUGUAGGUCGUGGUAUCAAUGAUAUAAGACCAAAGAAAAAUGAAGAAUAA